AUGAAUAACAAGGAGACGCAAAAGGACACGCCUAAAUCUACCAAAGUUGACCUGAACGAGGUCGAAAUGGUUUUUGGGAGGCCUUCGUCCCCGAAGGCUGUGCGCCCUGAAGUUUUCCUGGAGAAUGAAAAGAAUAAAAAUACGCAUGACAAAAAACCGGGGAAUGGGAGUAACGGGGACGCGUCCCACCAAACACAACCUCUACUCGAACCGGACAAAAACCCACAGUCACCACCUCUUGCAGGUCCAGAGAUUGAUGACUUAGAUGAAAUCCCCCACGAUGACUCUACCCCUUAUCCUGGAAUCGACGACGGUCUUUUAGAACCCAUUGACAAGAAAUCGGACCCACACGAGAAUGACGGCGAAGGGAAACAUGAGCAAGAAGGAUCAGAUCAUUCGACGCGCGAAGACGGAGUCGGUACAGAAGACGGUAAAUGGCUUUACCCGGCCACCGACGAGCCAGAUUAUCCUUACGGUGAUUGGCAUGCACUCACGCACACUAAACCUCACACUUUCACACCACAGGAGUUCGAUGCAAACGGUUUCGGCUAUAGAUUCGGAGCUGAAGACAGACCUGGGUCACCUAUGAUACCUGGGUCCAUCCCCGAUGUAAACACAUACCAACAAAAGAAGAACUUAGCACAAGGCAUGAUGGACUUGGCUCUACUAUCUGCUAACGCGAACCAGCUCAGAUACGUCUUGGAAUCAGCGUCAUCUCAUCCUUACUAUUACCCAAGUUUAGCUUUUAUCGCACUCAGUAUCAUACUUCAGAUCGCAGUCGGAAUCGGCCUCAUAAUGAACAGUCGGUACAACGUCAAAGACGACAAGGAUAUUUGCAAAGCGGACAAAAUUAACAACUUUACGGUGCUAGGCGUGUUCUUGAUAACGAUAGUUAAUGUUUUCGUCACGUCGUUUAGUGUAGCGUCGCCGGGAGGACCUGUGACUUCAGUAGUUGUGCCGGCGACUGGGAGUGGAUAG